GUUUCUGUCUUACAGAGUAGCCGAGUUUACACGGGUCAGCCUCACUGGAGAGGACGCGGACAGCAGAGCCGUGCCCGAGGGACCCCCUCCGGUCAAAGCGGGGGAGGCAGCUGAGCUAUAGGGGUCCCUACACCCGGCUGACCCUCCAUACCCGCGGGUAGGGAAGCUCGGCCGUGCCCCCGGGGGGGAGAUGGCGCCGCGAGCACCCCGCGCCGCACGGGCUGUCCCUCUCCUCGCCCCGCUCGGCUCGGGCCCGGCCCUUCCUGCCACCCGUCCGCCAUUUUGCGGAGCCCAGGCGGCCCCUCAGGCGGCCCAGCCUGCUCCAGGCCCGGCGAGCGCCGCGGGACGCGGCGGCGCAGGUUUGAAUAGCUCGUAAUCAACACCAUCAUUUGCAAAUGCAAUGGAAGAGGGCAAGACUGAAGGCGACCAGGGUAUUCUACGACUUAAUGUGCGAGGAUGUUUAUACACAGCCAGGCGCGAGUCUUUAUGCCGCUUUAAGGAUUCAAUGCUAGCUUCUAUGUUUAGUGGACGCUUUCCUCUGAAAGUUGAUGAAUCAGGAGCAUGUCUAAUUGAUCGAGAUGGAAACUUGUUUGGAUAUCUUUUGGAUUAUCUUCAUGGAGAAGUUCGGAUUCCUGAAGAUGAACAAAUUCGAAUUGCAUUGCAGGAGGAAGCAGAUUAUUUUGGCAUCCCGUAUCCAUACAGUCUGUCUGACCAUUUGGCCAAUGAAAUGGAGACGUAUUCUUUAAGGUCAAAUAUAGAGCUUAAAAAGGCUUUGUUAGAUUUCUGCAAUUCUUAUGAUUUAGUUUGUACCAAGCCUACAGUUUGGGUCCUGCACUAUCUCAAUACUUCUGGAGCAAGCUGUGAAAGUAAAAUUAUUGGUGUGUAUGCCACUAGAGCUGAUGGGACUGAUGCAAUUAAUAAGGAGCUAGGAACGAAAAUUCAUAGUAAAAGCAUUUACAAAAGAGAAGCGGGAAAUAACGUCCAAUACAUCUGGAGCUAUUACUCAGUAGCUGAGUUGAAAAAGAUGAUGGAUGCUUUCGAUGCCUGGGAAGGGAGAGGUGUCAGCUACUGGAGAGUGCCUCAGGAGCUGAUUGAAUGUUGGACUCUUGAAGAACGCCCUUUGAAAGGCAGUUUGCAUCAUAUGCCUCCAGUUCAUAAAAGACGAUUAAUCUACUUUACUGAAGAGGAAGACUAUUUACCAUGUAAAGCGGUUCCCAAGCCAAUUAGAUUCUCAGGUCCCUCGACAAGUACCCAUAUCAAAAUUAAAAAUUCAGCUGCAUUAAAGGUAGCUGCUUGCAAUGCUUCAUGUUCCGCAGUGACUCUUAAACGACCCCACAGUGAAAGUGUGACGCUGCACAAAGAAACUUCUGAAACUGUAUCCACAACAUGCACAUCAGUGCCCAGUAAUUCCCAGGUGCCCUGUGGAAGGCAGGGCGCUGGCAAUGGGACAAGUCAACUGACUUUCAAGAGCGCAGUGUCUAGGAAGCCCAUAAGCAACCGUGUAGUAAAGCUGAAGCGAACUCCACUCAUGACACCAGCUCAGCCAUCUUCUGCUGUGUCCAGUAAAACAAGCCAACAGGACAGCACUGCUCUUGAAAUUCCUACUACUUCUACGGUACCAAACAAGAAAGAGCCAGCUGUAUUAACGGAGAGUAUUGAGCUUAAGAAUGAUAAAAUGGAUGGAUAACGUUUGACUCAGCCUGAUAGGCUGGAUAGCUUUCCAUCUUCUGGUCAAAGAAGAGAUCAUCAUCUCAUGUGGUCAUUUAUUCAAAGAUUAGGUAGAAAAUCAUGAUGAAAAAGUUCAUGAAAAGCAUAGGGAGAAAUUGUUUUAAGUGAGCACUGAAGUGUGUUUUCUGCUUUAUAUCUAAGUAUGUUUUAGAUGUUGGGAAAGGAAGAAGAAAAAUUAAUUAAAGAAACCCUCAAACUCA